AUGUGGGCAGAAUCACAGACCAAGGAUUCUCCAAAUACGGGAUCGUCACAAAAUGUGGAUCACCUUAUUACAGGUGAUAUAAGUAGGUGUUAUGUCGAUGGAGCAUGGAGGGCACAAGACUCAUGCACAAGACAAGGAUGGGUUUAUAAAGCAGGUGGAUCAACUGAUACUUUGAUGGGUGCCAUGUCUAUUCGCAAAAGUCUAUCACCUUUACAUGCAGAAUGUGAAGCUUUGAUAUGGGCGAUGGAGUGCGUGAAAACCCUACGAAUCUCAGAAGUGGUGUUUGCAACUGACUGCUCUCAACUGGUGAAGAUGGUGUCUACACCAACAGAAUGA